UUUUGUCUUUUUUCUGGCAUUAUUUCUACUUCAUCGAUAUGGAGACUUUAAGAAACAGCAUAGACUUGUAAUUAUUGGAACGCUGCUUGCUUGGUAUCUCUGCUUUCUUAUUGUCUUCAUACUGCCUCUGGAUGUUAGUACGCCAGCAUCCAUGUUUCAAGCCAUGGAGUUACAUUCCUGAUGGAAUCAUGCCAAUUUUCUGGAGGGUAGUGUAUUGGACAUCACAAUUUUUAACUUGGAUUCUCUUACCUUUUAUGCAGUCGUAUGCAAGAUCAGGAGGGUUUUCCAUCACUGGAAAGAUCAAAACUGCACUAAUUGAGAAUGCAAUCUACUAUGGCACCUAUUUGCUGAUUUUUGGAGCAUUUUUAAUUUAUGUAGCUGUAAACCCACAUUUACAUUUAGAAUGGAACCAGCUUCAGACAAUUGGGAUAGCUGCUGCAAAUACAUGGGGUCUGUUUCUUCUUGUGCUGCUGUUGGGGUAUGGCUUGGUGGAAAUUCCUCGGUCGUACUGGAAUGGAGCAAAAAGGGGUUAUCUACUUAUGAAAACGUAUUUUAAGGCAGCCAAACUGAUGACAGAGAAAGCAGAUGCAGAAGAGAAUUUAGAAGAUGCCAUGGAGGAGGUUCGUAAAGUGAAUGAAAGCAUCAAGUAUAACCACCCAUUGAGAAAAUGUGUUGAUACAAUACUUAAAAAGUGCCCUACAGAGUAUCAGGAAAAAAUGGGUAGGAACAUGGAUGAUUAUGAAGAUUUUGAUGAAAAGCAUAAUAUCUACCCAAGUGAAAAAAGUCUGGUAAAACUGCAUAAACAGGUGAUUUAUUCAGUUCAGAGACACCGUCGAACUCAAGUACAAUGGCAAAUUCUUUUGGAACAAGCAUUUUAUCUAGAAGAUGUAGCAAAAAAUGAAACUAGUGCUACUCGUCAGUUUGUUCACACCUUUCAAUCGCCAGAGCCAGAAAAUCGAUUUAUCCAAUAUUUUUAUAAUCCUACAUUUGAAUGGUACUGGGAAUGUCUUUUGCGACCAUGGUUUUACAAGAUACUUGCUGUGGUUCUGUCCAUCUUCUCUGUGAUUGUUGUGUGGUCAGAGUGCACAUUCUUUAGCACUACUCCUGUCUUAUCCCUCUUUGCAGUCUUCAUACAGCUGGCAGAAAAAACAUAUAAUUAUAUUUAUAUUGAGAUUGCUUGCUUCCUUUCCAUUUUCUUCCUAAGUAUCUGUGUUUAUUCUACUGUGUUCAGGAUUCGUGUAUUUAACUAUUAUUACUUGGCUUCACAUCACCAGACUGAUGCUUAUAGCCUUCUUUUCAGUGGCAUGCUAUUUUGCCGUUUGACACCUCCUUUAUGUCUUAACUUCUUGGGUUUGACCCAUAUGGAUUCAUCCAUUUCUCACAAGAAUACUCAGCCAACUGCUUAUACAUCUAUUAUGGGUUCCAUGAAAGUUUUAUCCUUUAUUGCAGAUGGAUUCUAUAUAUAUUAUCCUAUGUUGGUGGUAAUUCUCUGCAUUGCUACUUAUUUUAGUUUGGGAACCCGUUGUUUGAAUCUGCUUGGUUUCCAGCAGUUUAUGGGAGAUGAUGAUAUGACAUCAGACUUAGUUAAUGAAGGAAAAGAAUUAAUCAGAAAAGAGAAGAGAAAAAAACAAAGGCAAGAAGAAGGUGAGAAUCGAAGAAGAGAAUGGAAAGAACGUUAUGGACACACUAGAGAAGAUUCUACUAGGAACAGAAAUAUUCAUACUGACCAAAAAGAGUCAAACUUUUCAGAUGUUAAUACCAACCGGUCUGCGUUCAAAUAUACCAGGGCUAAUAACAGGACUGAAAGGGACCGGAUAGAACUUCUCCAAGAUGCAGAACCUUUGGAUUUUAAUGCAGAAACAUUCACUGAUGAUCCUCUUGAAUCUGAAUCAGGAAGGUAUCAGCCUGGUGGACGAUAUCUCUCAAUGUCUCGCAGUGACAUAUUUAAUGAUGUUUAAAGUCUGAAAAAGUUUGUGGGACCACUAACCAAGGUCAACACAUCAGAUCGGUCUUGUUGAACAUCUGUGUACCCUAGAAUUUCCUCUAUACGCUCAGUAAAAAGUGUCAAGAUAACAAAAAAAGCUCUGAGAAUUAAUUAUAUCUUAGAGAAAUAAUAGUUUAAUGUUCAUUGAAUACAAUAUCAUCUUUUCCAACAAGAUUUAUUACAUAUCAUUUCCUAAGCAUCUGCCUUAGAAGUACAGUUACAGUGGAAGAAUUGUUUAAAAGCUCAACAUAUGUUAAGAACAUACAGUUCAGUUUGUUUCAGUUUAAUUUUUUUUUUUGGGAGAGUUAAAGAUUCAAGGAAGCCAUAAGUCAUACUAAAUAAUAUUAUACAGUUUUAUUGUUACCUUUUUGUUAUUUCUAAAAACUAUAUUCAACUUGUAUUUCCCAAAAAAAUGUAAGUGAGUGGAGACCUUAAAUAAUAACUGUAUUUGUAAAACUCGUAUCUUAAAAACAAGGCUUACUUACUAGACAUAACUGAAUGUAAAAAGUACUUUUUCAAAUCUGUUUGCAAAGUAGUGGGGGAUUUUUGCAUGUAUAAGAUUAAGAUUAUACUUCAACUGAUAAGUGUGUAUUUAGCAUGUAUACUGUAAUCAGGUGAUAUAAUAUUCCUUCAAUCUUUGUCGUAACUGGGUUUUUUUAUGCUUCUGGUAUUGCUUUAUAAAAAGUUUUCAUUUCAGAAAGCUAUGUUCACAUUUAUCAUUUAACAUAUUGAUUUAAAUCUUGCCAUUCAAGGAUAAAUUCUAGGCAUUAGUGGAAAAUAGUUUUUCUUUUUUAGCAGUCAAAGAGUCCAACAAAAUUCUUUAAUAUUUAAAGGUACCUGUUUAUACUUUUUGAGAAAAAAUUUGGCUAGUCAAAGGUAAAAAGUGAAUCCAUUUACUGUUAUUACUGAUAAUUUGUGGUUUAUAUAAAACAAAACUAUAUUAGAAGGGAAAUGUAUAAUAACUUGUUGGUUAAACAUUCUUAUUAAAUAGAUUGUUUUUUAACCUUUGUGUUUAAGCUAAAUUUAUGUAUUAUAUUUUAAAGCACUAAUGUUUUAUUGCAAAGUGAACAUGUUUGAUUAUAGCAUGCUUGCAGAGGGUUUCUUAUGUUCCUAGAAUAUUUGCAACUCUUACUGAAUCCAUGCUACAUUAGGUGACCAUACGUCAGCUUGCCUAAUACAAUCUCAGUGUAACACCUAGUAUCCUGUUUAUUACUAGUGCUCAGUUUCACCCUCAAGUAUCCCAGUUUGGAAAUGAAUUGUAUGGUUCCCCUAACUUGAAGUUAAUCUUUCUCCAAGACAUACAUAGAAACUUUUUAUUUUUCUCUUUAAUAUAUAUUAUCACGUAAGUUUUU